GAACCGAGAAUCAUUGUAGCGGAGGCUUUAAGUUGCAAAGCGACCGCCAAUCUGGAGUUCGAUUUUUGAAUGGUUCUUAGCCAAUCAACUUGUAACUUUUCUGUAAGAGCAGAAUUUUUGCAUACGUUUCUCUUUCGAAUGAUUCGAUAUCAAGCUCCUGAAUUAGUGCAGCCAGACCUAACACAAUUACUUCUUUGUUCGUCAAAAGUAAUUGAUAAGGUCAGCGUUUUACAAUUAUUUCCAGGUAAUUCGACGAUCUGAAAAUUUAUCCACGUAUUCAGACCUUUGCCUUCACAUGUCCGGGGCGAACGGCGGGGAUUCACUAUUUUCUUUGUCCUGCUUGAAAGGACCUUAUCUUAUUAUCACGUUUAUCUGUAUUUAUCGCAGUGAGGAGAACGUUUGACAGUUGGACGUUAUUAAAUUGCGUAUAAUAUUUAUUAUUAGUGAGAUAUUUGUUUUCUCCCUCUCUCUCUAAAAAAAAUAAUAUAAAAUCUCUUUUAUACGCACUUAAUUGGAGUAAUUAGUAAAAAAUGGGUAAGGGCUUUAGUAAACCGCAGAAAUCUGGUGAACAAACAUUAGAAUGUAUUCAAUGUGGUACCGUGCAUAAACCAAAUCAAUGUCCGGCUUGGGGCGUCCAGUGCAACAGGUGCAAGAAACUCAAUCACUUUACGAAAAAUUGUAAAUUUAGCUACAUAAUCAAUUGCACCAAAUGCGGAAUGAGUCACGUUGUGAUACGUUGUCCGGCGUAUGGCGAACUGUGCACAAAAUGCGGCAAGAGAAAUCAUUUCGCGUCCAAGUGCCAGACUCCCUUUGUGAACAAUUGCUAGAGAUGCGGUGCGAGUCAUGUGGCAACAUGUGUCCGGCGCAGGGUCGAACAUGCCGUUAUUGUAAUAAACCGAAUCAUUUCAAAGAACGAUGCGCGAGCAGGCGUAAUAAUGGUCAGUAGCGAAUCUACAGUGAUCGCUCACUUAUUUUCUACUAAAUAAUGGUAGUAGUAGUUUCAAAUAUCUAUGUACAAAAAGUUUUAACUCUAUAUUAAACAAAAUAUACACAG